AUGCCAGGACUAAGGAAGUUUUUUAUUGAAUGCUUUAAGAAUAAUAGUAAAAGUAGGAUUCAGUGUGUAGCUAAUCCUGAUGUUGAAAUAAAGUUUUCUACCAGGAUUCAGUGUGUAGUUAAUCCUGAUGUUGACAUCAAGUUUUCUACCAGGAUUCAGUGUGUAGCUAAUCCUGAUGUUGACAUCAAGUUUUCUACCAGGAUUCAGUGUGUAGCUAAUCCUGAUGUUGACAUAAAGUUUUCUACCAGGAUUCAGUGUGUAUCUUAUCCUGAUGUUGACAUCAAGUUUGCUACCAGGAUUAAGUGUGUAGCUAAUCCUGAUGUUGACAUCAAGUUUUCUUCCAGAAUUCAGUGUGUAGUUAAUCCUGAUGUUGACAUCAAGUAUUCUACCAGGAUUCAGUGUGUAGUUAAUCCUGAUGUUGACAUCAAGUUUUCUACCAGGAUUCAGUGUGUAGCUAAUCCUGAUGUUGACAUCAAGUUGUCUACUAGGAUUCAGGGUGUAGCUAAUCCUGAUGUUGACAUCAAGUUGUCUACUAGGAUUCAGGGUGUAGUUAAUCCUGAUGUUGACAUCAAGUAUUCUACCAGGAUUCAGUGUGUAUCUAAUCCUGAUGUUGACAUCAAGUUUUCUACCAGGAUUCAGGGUGUAGUUAAUCCUGAUGUUGACAUCAAGUAUUCUACCAGGAUUCAGUGUGUAUCUAAUCCUGAUGUUGACAUCAAGUUUUCUACCAGGAUUCAGUAUGUAUCUAAUCCUGAUGUUGACAUCAAGUAUUCUCCCAGGAUUCAGUGUGUAUCUAAUCCUGAUGUUGACAUCAAGUUUUCUACCAGGAUUCAGUGUGUAGUUAAUCCUGAUGUUGACAUCAAGUUUUCUAACAGGAUUCAGUGUGUAUCUAAUCCUGAUGUUGACAUCAAGUUUUCUACCAGUAUUGGCAGAGUAAAUGGUAAAACAGUUAACCUUGGCUUCAAGUACAUGGAGAAGAAAACAUUUUUCCUGCAGUUUUGCAAUGAUCUUUUUGCACAGGUGAAAAUAUCUGAUGAGGUGUCAUAG